GCCGGGAGUUCGCGCGCGGACGUCCGCCAUUUUGUUUCCCGCCGCCGUAAAAAAAAACGUACAAUCAGACAUCAAUAUUUACCCACGGAUUGAACCACUAACGAAGACUUUGCCAGCAACUCGGAAGAAAAAGUUAUCAAAAUUCUGCCUCUUCCGAUAUUACUCUUUUCUCAUCAGUGUCAGUGUCAGAAUCACAAUAACAUCAAAGAUGAUAGACGAUAAUUGAGCAAAAUCAGCCGCGUAACCUUUUCAUUUUCGUAACAACUGUGAAAGUGCCACGCUCGUAACCAUGGAGAGGAUUCAUUAGCGUUGUGAGCUAGCAAGCUCCCCCACCCCGCUCAACCCAUCAAUGCUAAACUACAGACUAGUUUCAACACAUUUCUUGAAGCAGCCGUAAAUCGUAUAAACCAAAUAAAACAUUGACUGUUUGUGCCGUACCAAUAUGUGCCGUGACCGAGACAUGUCGGUGCAAAGGAGUGACAUCAUCAAAUAGACUCCACCUUCUAGACUAGUAGUAAAUUAAGUGUCGAGUUUCCGUCAAAACGGCGCGGGUUUCCGCCAUACCGUUUCGUUUUGUUUUUUUCUGUUUAUUUUAUAUCAAAGGAUAAGCAAUAGCCCGGUGGUUGAGUUUGGUUUUGAAUUACUGGACGGGGUUCAGCCCGAAGGGGCCCCAAGCGACCUGGCCAGCCGCAGUCGGGACAACAUUUCCAGGAUAUUGGACUCCAUAGUUGGUGCCGCUAGAUACUGCAUUAAUCCUCACAUAACGGCCUUUGGAAAUUGGGGAUUUUAUUUCGAGUAAAGUUUUAAGUCAGAAGCGAACAUGGUACAAUUGGAAAUACUGCAGGGUUACGGGCACGAAAGCGAGUGCUCGAGCGAGCGGCCCGUUGUUAUAACUGGGCCCGGGUGGCGUGCGCAGUGCUGCGAGCGGGAGCGUGAGCGGGAGCGAGCGCGGACCGCGGACGAGAUGGCAGCGCCCGAGUGCGAGCGGGAGGCGCGCAAGCGGCGCGAGCGACGCGACUCUGGCUGCGCGCACGAGCGGAAAGAGCGGCGGCCGCACAGCGAGGAGCGAGCGCCGCCACCGCCGCCUCCUCCACCACUACACGACCAUAACCGUCUUGAGUCGGAGCGUCGAGCGGAGCGGUUAUCGCGCGCCCGCCGCCCGCAGUUCGGCGGCAAGCGGCGGCGCGCGCCGGCCCGCCAGCACAAGCAACCCAAGGAGAACGAGCUCGAUGACGUGCGGACAGCCACCCCGCCGCACUUGGACUACACCCUGCUGCAGAAACCACAACUAUGCGAGGAACCAGAGACCUUAGACGCCAGUGCCUUCGGUGCGUCGGCGGCAGAGGACGCGGCGGCAGCCGAGCGGAUGCGUCGGGAUGAGCGCAUCGUGGCGCCACACUCGCGCCGCGAUCAGCCAGCGCCUGACCGCCGCCUUGACAAGAUCACCAAGAAGAUCAGCGUGCUCAAAAAGAACAUCACGAAGCACGAGAUAGAGUACGAAGCGAAGCACGGCUUCGCCAUCACGCCGGGCGAGCGCAUCACCGACGUGCAACUCACGCGCAUGUACGAGACCCUGCGGCGGCUUCAGGCGGAGAAGCGGUGCAUCAAAGCCGACCCGGUGGAGUACGCCCUCAAACUACAGGCCGCGAAACAGCAGAAAGAGAGAGACGACAAGCUAGACGCAGCACUGAAGAGUGAGAAAGCUAUGACUGAGGUUGUGAAGGAUAUUGAGGAGUGGUUAGAAGGAUGCCGCCAAGCAGCCGGACGGCUCACCAGCGUCGAGAAUACCUGGACGAGCGCGCAGUUAGCGGCCGAGAAGUCCUGCGUGCAGCGAGCACUGCUGCGACUCGAGGCGGCACGCGGCCGGCCGCCAGCGCAUUCCGCGGAACGCGGCGCCGCUAGGCAUCUUUACGAGAGAUAUAGGGCUGUCAAGAGGGCGCUGGCGUCUUCUAGACCUGACGCGGUCGGUGGGACGAAUGGGGAGUUGGCGACAAUACACGAGCACGAGGCGAUGCUGUUCAACACCAGCGUGGACAGCUCCAGCGACAGUCAAGAGAAACCUUCCGACUCUUCACAGGAGACAACAGAGACGCCUCUCCAGUCGCCCCCCACUCGCGAUGUUGAAGAGCCCCCCUCCUCCACAUCAUCAGCCAAAUCUGGCACCACCAGCGAGGAGGCCACGCCCUGCAACGAGGGCCUGCACUGUCUCGGCCUCGAAGACCUGGCCAGGGCUCUUGGAGAGGCGAAACUGCAGAAAUGUGUACUACGCAGAAGCAUAAAAGAGUACGAAAUAAGCUUCGAACUCCAAAACAGUAGGAAGGUUCAGCGGGAUGACAAGAAAGGCCGCGAAGAAGAAUAUCUCCGAUAUAAAGCAGUGAAGGCAAGAAUCAAACUGCUUAAUGCCCUCAUUAAUAAACAAAAGACUUUGAACUUUUAGCUGAAAUGGGAAUGCUAUAAGUGAAAUGCUUUGUAUUGCAAAGAAGAUUGCAAAAGAGUUUACGACUCAACAACGGUUGGCCGCUCUAAGGGUAUGCGGGGAACAGUAGGAUUCCUACUCGAAGAGAACGUAAAAGAAGAGAGUAUUUUCAUGAAGGAUAACCUGAAGUGAAUUAUUAUGAUGGAUAUCCUGGAGAGAGUUGUUAUGACGAGCAAUGUUGAAGGUGCCAGAACUCAUGGCUCUCCCGACACUUAGUGAGAUGGCACAUGUACGUAAUGAAAUGUUGGGCUCAAACCUUUGCGCCUAAAAAUGCAGAAAAGAAAACUGUGGAGGAACCUGGUAUUCAACUCAUGGAAAUGAUAUAAUUGGCAAGCUACUCUUGAAAACUUAGUAACGGAUAGUAACUUAUCUUAUAAGGAACGAAAAUAUUUGUUCUAUCAGCCAGAUUAAUUUCUUUCAGAACAAGGGACUGUGAAUAUGUAUCAUCAACAACCAGGCAAAUGUCCCAAUUUUGUUAUAAUUCUAUUUAUAAUAAACCUUACUUAUUUAAAACUAAAAACUCUCUAAAUUACUUUUUCCGUGGAGAGACCCCAAUGGGGCAUCUCUUGUUGUGCUAUUCGAAAGUUUUUUUAACCUCAAAGGGAACUUUUCUUACAAGCCAAGGAGGAGAAUUUAUUGGCCAUAACAACAUACCUAAGUAAUUUGGAAUGUGACUUUGAAACACGUCGUUUUAUACCUACUAAAGUGCACGCUAAUAUGACUACAAAAUUUGCUUAUUCAUUUGAUACCUUAGAGUACAAUAAUUGUUAGCAAAUUUUGCGAUAUCUUUUUUGAUACUUUGUAGAAAUGUCAUUAUUAGGACAAGUACCUAUAAUAAAUAAAGUGGAUCAAGGAAUUGUGUAGUCCAAAGGGCGAAUAAGUAUUGUGUAAAGUGCUUCCCUUGAUCGAUGAAAUCUGAUGCAAAAAUAUUUGUAGAACGUACGAAAAUUAAGUACCUUGAAGUUAUUGUACAUCAAAUAAUUGGAGACACAAAUCUUAAUAAAGGUCAAUCUUAAUUCAUAGGUAAGUUGGUUUGAAUUCUUUGAGUGCCGUUACCUGCUUAGGUGCGUUCUCUAUUCGUGGUCACUUUCCUCUUAAAAAAGGAAAUGUUUAUAAUAGGGUAACGCUACGAACGAACUAAAGGUCUCAGUCUUUUACUCUAAGGGCCACUUGCACCAACGAAAAUGGAGGGGUAACCCGAGGGUUAACCCACCAUUUUAUAUGGAAUUUGACAGUUGACAGCCCAC